AUGGCGUUACCCCAUUUUCCAGCUAUCCCUCACUCGGUCGGGAUUUCUGAACCACGGGAGAAUCACCGGAAAGGCUUUUGGUGAUAAACCGCCUCAUUUUGGGAGAAUACAUCUCAAUUUAUGGUUACACAGACACACAGAGAGUUACUUUCUAGAGCUUUUAAGGAUGGAAGCUGAACUAUGAGGCGUUGUGUAUUUGCUGAAGACUGAGUGAACCAUGGCACAGUUCUCGACUGCUUUCACAGGACAAGACGUGUUUCUGAUCACUCCGGAUGAAAGAGCCAAACAUGAUCAGCAGUUUCACGGCCUCGCUCCGUCUGCUGGGGGUUACAUAACAGGUGACCAGGCUAAAAACUUUUUUCUUCAGUCAGGGCUGCCCCCGCCCAUCCUGGCCCAAAUAUGGGCUUUGGCUGAUAUGAACAGCGAUGGCCGAAUGGAUAUCCACGAGUUCUCCAUUGCCAUGAAACUCAUCAAACUGAAGCUCCAGGGUCACUCUCUGCCACCAACGCUUCCUCCCAGCAUGAAGCAGCCACUGCUUUCCUUACCCCCACAGGCCAGCUUUGGCAUGCCCCCUAUGGCACCCAUUCCGACUCCCAUUCCAGCCCCCCUCCCAGUGGUGCCCCCGCUUCCUCUUCCUCCUCUUCCUGUUGGGGUGUCUCCUCCUCUCGUCUCUUCUGCUCCUCCACCCCUUCCUCCACCCAUCGCCAACGGAGCUCCUCCCACUGCUAUGAUGCCGCCCAUCUCAGGCUUCCCCCUCUCAGCUCCCUCUGUGAACAAGACCGCUUCAUUCAAUCGUUCCAGCACCAAGCUGCAGAAGGGCUCCUCGUUUGAUGCUGCAGGUACUCAGCCUCCCUGUGAUUGGGCAGUUCCUCAGUCCUCCAGACUAAAGUACAGGCAGCUUUUUAACUCCCAUGAUAAGAUGAUGAGCGGAUACCUCACCGGACCCCAGGCUCGCACUAUUCUGAUGCAAUCCAGCCUUCCUCAGAGCCAGUUAGCCACGAUCUGGAGUCUGUCAGACAUUGAUCAGGAUGGGAAGCUAACAGCGGAGGAGUUCAUCUUGGCUAUGCACCUCAUAGACAUGGCCAUGUCAGGGUUACCACUGCCUCCAGUGUUACCAGCAGAUUACCUCCCGCCAACCUUCAGGCGUGUACGGAGUGACAGCGUCCAGUCAGACCAGAAGAGCGUCCCGGAGGAGACUGAGGAAGAGAACGAGAGCAACCAGGAGAAGAAACUACCAGUGACAUUUGAGGACAAGAAGAGGGAGAACUUUGAAAGAGGAAACCUGGAGCUGGAGAAAAGACGCCAGGCUCUCCAGGAGCAGCAGAGGAAAGAGCAGGAGCGUCUGGCAGCACUGGAGAGGGAGGAACAGGAGAGGAAGGAGCGUGAGCGUCUGGAACAGGAGAGGAGGCGACAACAGGAGCUGGAGAAGCAGCUGGAGAGGCAGCGAGAGAUGGAGAGGCAAAGAGAAGAAGAACGGCGCAAGGAGAUAGAAAGGAGAGAGGCAGCUAAGCGGGAACUGGAGCGCCAGCGUCAGUUGGAGUGGGAGCGCCAGCGUCGCCAGGAGCUCCUAACGCAAAGAAACCGAGAACAAGAAAGUAUAGUGCUGCUCAAAGCCCGGAAGAAGACGCUGGAGUUUGAACUGGAGGCUUUGAAUGAUAAGAAGAACCAGCUGGAAGGUAAAUUGAAGGAUGUUCGGUUUCGUCUUUCAACUCAGCGGAGAGAGAUGGAGCAGACCAAUCAGACGAGAGAGACACGCAUCGCAGAAAUCACACAGCUUCAGCAGCAGCUUCAGGACUCUCAACAGUGGCUGGGGAGGCUCAUUCCUGACAAGCAGAAUCUGAAUGAGCAGUUAAAGCAGGUCCAGCAGAACAGUUUGCACCGUGACAGCCUGUCAUCGCUGCAGAAAGCCAUUGAACAAAAGGAGAGUAGCAGGCAGCAGCUCAAAGAGCAGCUGGAUUCAGUGGAGAGAGAGACCAGAGCUAAACUGUUGGAAAUAGACGCCUUCAACACACAGCUGAAGUGUCUGUGUGAGUUCUAUGCCAACCACUGUGCCAGGAUAGAAGCCCUGCGACGCCAGCUUCACCGCCAAGAGAAAGGGAGACAGGAACUGCGGGAGAUUCACAGCCGGCAACAGAGGCAGAAGCAGAAGGAGUUGGAGGGAGGCCCUCAGUCACUCUCCCAACCUUACAUGCAAACGGCAAUCGAAAGGAAGUCUGCCGAGCUGCAGGAGGGCGGGUCAUCGUCAAAGGAAGGAGUGGCCUGGCGGGGAGAAACGGGAAGCUCUGCCCCUAAAGUUCCUAGCCCCACCUCCGUGUCUGCGUCACAUGCCUGGCUAAACAGAGUCACUCAGGAGGAAGAGGAGAGGAAGAGGAGAGGGAUGGAGGAGGAAGAGGAGGGCAGGAAGGGGGCCGGCUCAGUGGAAGAGAAGGACGUGGAGAGCAGAGGAAAGAAGGACAUGCAGGACAAACUGAACAAGCUGUUCAGCCAGCCAGCUGACCCCUGGGUUUCAGCAGUAGACAAGGCUCCUGGCCCAAAUCUGUUUGACCAGAAAGCUUCUGCCAGUGGCUUCGAGCAACAAAAUCAGCAGAAGCCAGUGAAGGUGGUCUACUACAGGGCUCUUUAUCCGUUCGAUGCUCGUAGUCACGAUGAGAUCAGCAUCCAGCCUGGUGAUGUCAUCAUGGUGGAUGAGUCUCAAACUGGGGAGCCUGGGUGGCUGGGGGGUGAGCUCAGAGGCAGGACCGGUUGGUUCCCAGCUAAUUAUGCAGAGCGGAUACCUGAAAGCGAAGCACCAGUCAGCUUGCGGCCUUCGUCUUCGGCCACACCCCCAUUGACCCAGCAGCCAAUGGCCACUCCCCCUUCAGCCUCCGGACACACCUCCACCUCAACAUCUUCUGCUAACAGCAACUGGGCCGACUUCAGCACCACUUGGCCGUCCAGCACAGCGAGCCAGUCGGACAGUGAGGGAUGGGACGCCUGGCCUACCUCCUCAGCCAAUCAGAAUCCGUCUCUCAGCGUUCCAUCGGCACAGUUACGGCAACGCUCCGCCUUCACGCCUGCCACAAUGACGACAGGCUCCUCACCUUCUCCUGUACUAGGACAGGGGGAGAAGGUGGAGGGACUUCAGGCCCAGGCCUUGUAUCCUUGGAGAGCCAAGAAGGACAACCACCUCAACUUCAACAAAAAUGAGAUCAUAACAGUGCUGGAGCAGCAGGACAUGUGGUGGUUAGGUGAGCUUCAGAACGGACAAAGAGGCUGGUUCCCCAAAAGUUACGUCAAGCUCAUCUCAGCCAACAUGACGAUUCCCUCUGCUGCUGCUGCUGCUGCUGCUGCUGCUGCUGCUGCUGCAGUCCGCAGCAAAAACACUAAUGAAGCUGGAAUAUCGGAGAGUCCACCCAAUGGGAAACGACCUUCAUCCUCUCCGGCAAAACCUUCCGAAUCUGGAGAAGAAUAUGUGGCCAUGUACACCUAUGAGAGCAAUGAACAGGGGGACCUUAGUUUCCAGCAAGGAGACAUCGUCGUGGUGACCAGGAAAGAAGGGGAUUGGUGGACGGGCAUGGUGGGGGGAAAGACUGGAGUCUUUCCGUCCAACUACGUCAAACCACGUGACUCAGUGCCAGAGUCCCUGGGACCAGCAGGGAAGACAGGAAGUCUGGGGAAGAAACCAGAGAUCGCUCAGGUGAUCGCUGCUUACACUGCAACGGGCGCAGAGCAGCUGACAUUAGCACCGGGACAGCUCAUCCUCAUCAGGAAGAAGAAUCCUGGGGGCUGGUGGGAGGGGGAGCUGCAGGCUCGGGGGAAAAAGCGGCAGAUUGGUUGGUUUCCAGCCAAUUAUGUGAAGCUUCUGAGUCCCAGCACCAGCAAGACCACUCCCACAGAGCCCACCCCUCCUAAACUGGCUCCUGCCAGCACAGCUCUGUGUCAGGUGAUCGGCAUGUAUGACUACGUGGCCCAGAACGACGACGAGCUAGCCUUCCUAAAGGGCCAGGUGAUCAACGUGCUCAACAAGGACGACUGUGAUUGGUGGAAAGGAGAACUGAACGGGAGGGAAGGCCUGUUUCCUAGCAACUACGUCAAAUUGACGACAGACACAGACCCAAGCACGCAGUGGUGCGCCGACCUCCACCUGCUGGACAUGCUGAGUCCGAUGGAGAGGAAGAGACAGGGCUACAUCCACGAGCUGAUCGUCACAGAGGAGAACUACGUCAACGAUCUGCAGCUCGUCACCGAGAUCUUCCAUAAGCCUCUGCUGGAGUGUGAGCUGCUGACGGAGAAGGAAGUGGCCAUGAUCUUUGUGAACUGGAAGGAGCUCAUCAUGUGCAACAUCAAACUUCUGAAGGCUCUCAGGGUGAGGAAGAAGAUGUCGGGCGAUCGGAUGCCUGUGAAGAUGAUCGGCGACAUCCUGACCAACCAGCUGCCUCACAUGCAGCCGUACAUCAGGUUCUGUUCAUGUCAGCUGAACGGGGCCACACUGAUUCAACAGAAGACAGAUGACAAUCCUGAGAUCAAAGACUUCCUCAAGAGGUUAGCCAUGGAUCCCAGGUGCAAAGGGAUGCCUCUGUCCAGUUUCCUUCUCAAGCCAAUGCAGAGAGUCACACGCUACCCUCUCAUCAUCAAAAACACCUUAGAAAACACUCCAGAGUCUCAUCCAGACCACAGCCAUCUGAAAGCAGCGCUGGAGAAAGCAGAGGAGCUCUGCUCACAGGUGAAUGAAGGCGUCAGAGAGAAGGAGAACUCUGACCGGCUGGAGUGGAUUCAGGCUCACGUUCAGUGUGAGGGCCUGUCAGAGCAACUGGUGUUCAACUCGGUCACCAACUGUCUGGGACCCAGGAAGUUCCUCCACAGCGGGAAGCUGUUCAAAGCGAAGAGCAGCAAGGAGCUCUACGGCUUCCUGUUCAACGACUUCCUGCUGCUCACACAGGUCACCAAACCUCUGGGCUCCUCAGGUUCUGACAAAGUCUUCUCCUCGAAGACCCACCUGCAGUACCGCAUGUACAAAACGCCGAUCUUUCUGAACGAAGUGUUAGUAAAGCUGCCAACAGAUCCAUCAGGGGAUGAGCCUCUGUUUCACAUCUCACACAUAGACCGAGUUUACACCCUCCGAGCUGAAAGCAUCAACGAACGGACGGCGUGGGUUCAGAAAAUUAAGGCUGCCUCAGAGCUUUUCAUUGAGACGGAGAAGAAGAAGAGGGAGAAAGCGUAUUUAGUCCGUUCUCAGAGGGCGACCGGGAUCGGCAGGCUGAUGGUUAACAUCGUGGAGGGCAUCGAGCUCAAACCCUGUCGCACCCAUGGUAAAAGCAACCCUUACUGUGAAGUCACCAUGGGCUCUCAGUGCCAUAUCACAAAGACAGUACAGGACACUUUGAAUCCCAAGUGGAAUUCCAAUUGUCAGUUUUUUAUUAAGGACCUUGAACAGGACGUCCUCUGCAUCACUGUGUUUGAACGAGACCAGUUCUCACCUGACGACUUCCUCGGCAGGACUGAGAUCCGAUUGGCCGAGAUAAAGAAGGACCAGGGCUCCAAAGGACCAAUCACGAAGAGGCUGCUGCUUCAUGAGGUUCCUACUGGGGAGAUUGUCGUUAGGCUGGACCUGCAGCUGUUUGAAGAGCCGUGAAACGAGCGGCAGGUUGGACCAGAUGGGACUGGCCCAGGAAUGAACUCAGAGAAACGGAAAAGGGGACAGAGCAGCUGGACUGGAAUAAACUGGACCAGAGGCCUGGAACGGGCUGGGGUUACUCAUUGUGUGUUCUGGCUGUUAAUGUUUAGGGAGAUUAAUAUGUUAACAGCAGGAUUUGCUCUGUAAGAAAACCCCGGGUAAAGUCAGGAACAUUAAGUAACUAAAUAUCAUCCUCUUUAACAACAACCUUAAAUGCCAUGUCAGUUUUAUUUUAUUUUCCUUUUUUUUCCCAUUAUUUGGGAGAAAUUACCAAUAAGAGGGCUUACUAGGGAUCAGAUGGAGAACAUUUUCAAACAAUAAGAAAACCUCAGCUACAUAUCUGGGAUUGACACAAAUUGCAAAUAUUUAACAGAAAGCAGGAAGUGAGGUUGCCUAUGUUAACUUAGAACUCUGCAAAAACACAAACUAUAGUAUUUUUGUUCUGCUUUCUAAUGCAGAUAUCGAAAUAAGACUAAACUAAUUUCUAAGUAACUUUUCAGCAAGAAAUAGCAGCUCUUUUUAAGUCUUUUUCCUUAAUAUUAAUGAGAUUUUUUUUGUUUUUUUUGCUGUGAAUACAUAGUACCAGCAAAAUAAUGAAAAUCCCAGUGCCCCCUUUCUGGUCCAGUUAAUCCCAGCCUGCUCCGGUCCCAGUUCUGUGGGGUCCAACUCCGGACUCAGACGGGUUGUUGCUGUUUCCGCCUCUUCUGCUUUUAUCCAGACAGUCUUAGAGAAACUCCAGUGACAAUCCCUCCUUUUUUUUAUGUCCCUCCAAACGUAACCGCUGUGUGUGACUGAGUGUGUGCAAGAUCGGGUGUGUAUGACUAGAAAAGUUCAAGUCAGGUAGGUGACAUUUAAAGGCACUGAACAGCUUCUCAAACUCUUAAUCAAUUUUUCAAAGCUUUCAGCAAAGAGCUAUAGAACUUAAAAAGGGAUCUUGACAGUUUGGUUUUUAACCUCAACUGAACACUUGCCACAUUUUCCCAGAAAGUGCUUAAUAUGUACAGGUGUAUUGAAAACCACGCUAAUAAGCUGCAAAAGAAAACAAAAUAACAGAUUUUAAGCAAGUAUAUGAUAGGUAUUCAAUGUAAAUGACCGACUUACAGACAUGUCAAUGUGUCGGAGUUACAGUCAAUGCAGUGAACUGGUACAAAAGCUGAUUUCAAUCAAGGUACUGUGAAAAAGAAUGUCUUAACUUUUAUUUUCUGUUGCGCAUCUCAGCUCUGACAUGUUGCUGCAGUGUUAAGCUGUCACGGUUGUCAUUACUAUGCAGGGAGAGGGGGAAGAAAAUAAACAAAAUGGAGGUCCCUGUGGUUCAGGGCUUUUUAAAGAAGCUCCAUCAAACAUAUUCCCAGUUCCAGUCCUUAACCCUACAGAAGCUUCAAUACAGAAACCAUUUUAAUAUACAUCAGCACUCCUAGCACUUUGAAAACAGACACUGUUCCCAAUUUUUCAGCAGAAAAUGAUCCAAGUUGAUAUGUCACCCAGCAGCCAUUUUGAGUAGUCAGUCAGAAAGUUUGCCUGGAGGAUAAAACAUUCAGUCAGAUCUGUUUCACCUCAGUAUUUAUACCUCUGCUGAUAUCUCUAUAGGAUAGGGUUAGGGUCUGUUAGUAUAACUCCAGGGUUGCACUAACUUAUUGAAAAGAUGACGUUGUGGUGCCCAAUGCUCAGAAUCAUCAGUGGUUUUCUUUGAAAUAUUUUAAAAGACCCACUUUAACAGCAAGACAGUGGAAAAAUGUAUCACCAAAAUAAACACCAACCAGAUAAAAUAUUAACCAGCAUUCCAGCAGUAAGCUUCUACUGUUGGAGUGACAAAGUUAAGAUUUGUGAAGUUAAAAAAAAACAACUGUUCAUGUUUGGCACUAUGUUUCUGUUUGCACACAUUUAAUACAUAUCAAGUUGUUCAUUUUAAUGCAGCAACAGUAAAAGUACAUUCUAAACAAAACAAGAUUAUAGACUCCUUUAAUCAAAGCGAUCAAUUAGUUAAGCAAGCAAAGUAAUCAAUUGACCAUCCAUCCAUCUUCAUCUGCUCAUCCGGGGUCGGGUCACAGGGGUAGCAGCCCAUUGAAUUCAUUUCAAAUAUUGACAUGUUUAGAAAAUGUCCCACUAAAAGUACCUAAUUAAAUACCACAGAAACAUGGAAAAACAUGUUGCCCAAGUAUCAAAGUCAUACAGUAACAAUGCUGAGAUACUGUGAGUGGCAUCUAUUGAAGCACAGAUAUAGAAAAACUAAACGUGGGGAAUCAGAUGGAUAUGAACUAAAAAGUGGUCCAAGAACGGAGCCUUGAGGAACCCCACAGUUGAUCUUUGUUUGCUUAUAUUUAUGACAAAAGUCUGCUUCACCCAUUCUAUCACCAAAUUAUUGUUUGGGUAUUUCCAACUGUGCUACAUCACUGAGAUGUAUUAUAGCAAGACAAAAUUUGUUGAUAAGUUGCUGUAAAAAUUUCUGUAAGCUUAAACUUUUAAAGUAUGGUUUCAGUGAUCAAAAACAUGGCUAUGUGUAAUUUCUGUCUGACGUGUGGUGAGGAAUGGUAAAGAGCUACAUGCCAGUUAUAUAUUUGGUUAGAUUUUUCAGGGGUUUUUAAGUUCAUCUUACAAAAUAAUAACUUUGGCCAAACAGUUAUCAAGAAUAAAUCUUAGAAAACUGAGCUGCAACUUACUUAGCAAGGAAUUUGGUUUUCUGAAGAGCUACAUGUAGCCUGUGUGAAAUGGGCAGAACAAAAGCUAAUAAAUUCUGUAAUGUCUGAUUUAUUUUAACCAAUUCUUCCAUUGUUUCAGAUCAAAGCUUGUAAUUUGUGGAAGAUGGGCCUGUUAAAAGAAAAAAAAGAAAAAGAAAAGAAAGUACUACACAGUGCUCGUGCCUUUACAUGAACAUGCUAACACUUCUUGGCCUUAUACAAAAAAAUGCUUCAUUUUAAUUAAACCAAUUCACUUUUAGCAUAUCACUAACAUGGUGUCUGAGUUUAAAACAAUUAGAAUUUUAUCUUAUCCAAGUUUAAUGCUCUUGAGUAUUCAAAAUGGCAGCUACAUUAGCUGGUGGGGCAACUGACAACAGUGAAGUUGUAGAUACUUAGUUAGCUAGUUACUUUGCCUGACUAGUAAAUCUGACUAGUGCUUUUAAUUUAAAGCCACAGUUACAAUAAUAUUCUGAAUAAUAAAUGACAAAACAGCUUAGUGACCAGCCACUGUCUAAUCAGCAGCUUAAGUAUGUUGAAAAAUGUGAACGAAUGUUGGUGUUUGUGGCAGACAAAACCAGUAACGACGAUUUGUUCCCUCUCUUUCUCUUCCCUUCACUCCGUACUGAAACUAACCCAGUCCAGUUUGAGCCCGUUCUUACCGUCUACCUUCCAGGUUGUGAAUAAUACUGCUGUUACCUGAGAGUUAAUAUAUGAGGAGCGAUAACAACAAGCCUGUUGUUAAUUAUCACUGUAGAAGAUGAUGUAUGUAUUUGUCUUUCAAUGUUCAGAAUAAAAUUCAUUUGGACCAAGA